CUCAAGUGAUGUAAUAAACUAAUUGUUUUGUUGAAUAUAUAUGUUUAUAGCACAAUAACAAUAGUAUAGGCAUAGUGGCAUAAAAAUCAGUGUCCUGGAAAAAUGAUGAACUUGUUUUACACAGUUACUUGAAUAAGGCAGGUACAAAACUGCUAAAAUGAAUGUAAAUGAACUUAGAAAAGGUCAUAACCUAUUCUGUCCGAACGGAUCGACAAUGUACUAUGAUGAGGCUUGUCUCAUAUUACAAAAUGUUCUCAACGAUUCUAUGUCGUUAAGUAGAAUCACAGACGAAUGUUACAAGUGUUCUCCUCAGAGAUGGGCAGACAUAGGCCCUCUGCAGACACUCUACCUCACCGUUCCGAUCACGGCUGUUACCACAUUCUAUUACACGCCGUCCACCUCUAUGGAAACUCAGUCUUGCUGGGUAACUUAUAAAUUUGACCAACAUGGACUGUACAAGUACGUACUUGACUUGAGUUGUGAUACUAUCGAAGUCAUAGAAUUUCCCUCCUAUUCACACAUGUCUCUGCUGGUGUUCACCGUGAUCGUGCUGGUCUUCUGGAUUGUCCAAGUGUGCUUGUCGAAUCUCAACGUGCAGAAGAGGCUGCAGAGUAUACUGAAGCAAAGGCUCUUUCCAGAGAUAGAGCUGGAGAACGUUCACAGUGCUGAUUUUUCGGAGUCAGAGAUUGAAUUUACGAAGGUCACGUUCGAUGAAGUAACUCAGAGAGAACGGGUUGUAGAGUACACAACUAAAGGAACCAACACUGGAAGAAGUCUUGAUCAACUGAACGCCUUCUACCUUCCGGAACAAAAACCUGUAGAGUUCGUGGAAUUUGAAGCUUUGCUGGCAUUUCGAGGAUUUGUGGUAACCAUGUGGGUUUACCUAAACGUGGAAGAACGAACUUAUUCCUUCUUCCAAAGUUCUGCCUGGGAUGGCCUCAAGAUGGAUGAUCUUCUUUUGGGAUGGUUCUACUGGGCGUUGGCAGCCUCUUUCUACCUCCACUUCCACUUGAGUCUGAGCCGAGGGGAAAGCCGCAAGAGGGUGUUUCUGCGAGGUGUACUUCUCCGGUCCGCCAUAUACUGUGUAGCUGGACUCUGCUACAACCACAUCAACAACACCUCUCCCAGAAUACAAGACUUUCAGCCCCAGUUGCGUACCAUUGCCGACUUUAGGGCGCUUGGCAUCCUGCAGCGAGUAGGGCUGGCACAGCUGGUCACCUCUGCAGUGGAAGUCUGCGUCAUGUCGAGGACUAUCAAGCGUGGCCCUCUCCUCCGGGAUCUGGAAGAUUCAUGGCUCCAGUGGUUGGUCUGUAUUGCUCUAGCAUCUAUACACGUCAGUAUCACCUACUCGCUUCCCCUGCCCAACUGCCCCACUGGGUACUCUGGUCCGGGAGGCCUCUACGAUAACUUCUCGACACCGCACUGCACCGGCGGCGCCGUCAAAUAUAUCGAUCAUAAGAUUUUCGGAAGAAGACACAUGCCUCCAGUGGAGCUGCUCCGACAGACCUUGAUGGUAUAUCAGAUCCACGAGCCGUUCGAACCUCAAGGCUUGCUUGGGACUUUGACCUCAUGUUUGUUGAUGGCACUGGCGAUGCAGGCUUCUCGUGUUUUUGUGUAUUUUCACCAUCCAUACAGCAGAGUGAUUCGACUCACCUGUUGGGGAAUCUUUCAGCUGUUGGUGGGAGGUGUGCUCUGCGGUUUUCGACAGUACGAUGGUCCUAUUCCGAUCAACAGGUAUCUCAUGUCCGUCUCUUACGUGUUGGUCGCCAGUGGCCUUGCUUACCUUGUGUUACUCGGACUGUAUCUUUUCAUCUCUGUAUGGAACUUGUGGUCUGGUUCUCCUUUCAUCUACACUGGAGCCAAUAUUCUUGUGAUGUUUGUGGGUAGCAAACUGUUCCUUCAUACUUUUCCAUUUGCCUAA